AUGUGCUCACAACCGCGUUUUCUUGCCUCUUGGCGCCGCGGUGUGCGAGCACAUGACACAUCCAGAUCCUUUACCUUCGGCCUAUCUACCCAAUCCGUUUCAUCUAGCCAGGGACUCCCUUCUGCGAACGUUUCUGUCCUGAGUGGGAACCCUUACGCUACAGCCACCUCUUCUCCUUUGACCCGAAGACACUUCUCCUCCGUUUUUUUGUGCCAUGCGACCCCUGUAGUGGCAAAUGUCGCUGAUGCACUCUAA